GAGGAUCUUAAUAUGUAAAGUAAUUUGGCCUAAUUUUGAGAGAUUCCAGGCCCUGAAGCUGAAAAGUUUAGGGAUGUUUGUGAUAAAUUUGGAUUACAAUACUUGGAGUCUAAUCUGAAGACGUUUAAAUAUAAAAGUAUCUUUACAACACAGGGAAGCACUGGGAAUGUAGGGACUGAAGAACAAGGCCAUUUGUGUAAUAAGCAGGGUAGAGGUAGAUCUCCCAAAAUGUGUGAAGAAUCAGUGUUUCUGUGGUAAGUGUGCUGCCCCACUGUGUCCUCCCAACCUGGUACAGGAAAAAAUGUGCCAUGCGUAAAUCUCAGAGGUUUUUGGCUUCAGAAAUUCCUUUUCUUCCCACAGCUGGUGAAGAAAUGGAAGUGAAAAGAAAGUAGGUAACCAUACAAAGUUUGAGUUGCAAAGAAGAGUUGCAAAAGUUUGCGAAGUCUGAGUUGCAAAGGCGGCAGUAACUCUGAAUGUCUUCAUCAGCUGCUUCCAGGCUACACCCAGACAAGCCAUCUGCCACCCGGGAAACUACAAACUAAAUGAAGACAACUGUUAACACCCAGCUGUGACACAGUGGGAUUCAGCACAGUGGGACUGAGCUGGAAGUGGAGACCUUCCCACUACUUGUGACUUGCUUCUUCCAAAGAUUGUCACCUGUACUUCAGGGACAGUUGAACUGCGUGCAAAGAUGCUCCCAAAUCAACAAAUUCUAUAACUCUGUAACAUCUUUGCUCCGUGGCGCCUCAGCAACGCAGAGCUCCAGCUUCGCAGGGGGUGCUGGAAGCUCGCACCAGAUGGGCUGCUUCUCUGAAUUUGUCGCAAUGCAAAUUCAGCGGAGUCGAGGGAAAUGCCCAGGAGACCCGCGCCCUGGGGCAUCAGGGUCCCCUUCCCAGCAAGAGCUACUAGGGAUGAAGGAAUGAGCUGGCGUGUGCGAGCUGUUUCUCUCACAUCUUGCCCCGAGCAAAGUGUUUCAAAAAUCAGGUCUUUCUAUAUGGCAUCUAAACAUCAUUCAAAACAGUUAAGCCAUGAAGUUGAUUACUGCAAGGAGGUUUUGACUGCUGCCCUCCACUGAGAAGGCACAAGUGAGAAGACUGUCACUGAUUGCUGAAGCUUCCCGACCAGUUUACCUCUGGGUUAUCAGCAAGACACUGCAUCAGUAUGUUCCAGCUAAGUCGGGGGUGUAAGAAUUGCAUGUUUGAAAUAGAAAUGUCUCUGUGAAACUGCUAAUGAUUGUCUGCUGGGUCCCUUUUGAUGGUGGAUGGUCAGGAGCAGAUCCAGUGAAUUUGCUGUGUUUCUGUAUGCAUCCCUGGUAGUGCAGCUCCUCACUGUACCACAACUGACGCCUUUUGCAUUGUUUAUUCUCUUUGUGCUAUCAAACAGGACGUACAUGGAACGUUUUUGCAGACUCCACCGGUUAACCAAGCUCUGUACUGACUGUCAGACACCCUGUUUAUCACCAGCAUCUCUGCAACUGCUAGCAAACCCACCGGGCUUUCGAGAGUGAGAAUCCCACAGGUGUCAGCCUCAUCCGUAUGGUAUAAAUAGCAAUACGGAAUCUCCCCGCUGCCCUGCGGAGUGCCUGGCAGCCACCGCUUGUGCCCAGACAAGCACGCCAGAGGCUAGGAAGCGCUAGACAAGGAAGCGCUGCCGGCCGUCGCCCCCGAUAGCAGCCGAUGCCACCGCCAGGCUCCCACCUGCAAGCGCCGCGACGCGCCUGGAAGGGGGCACCCUCGUCGGCUGGAGCGGGCAGGAAGACGCGGCAGUCGGAAGAUCGGGCAGCCAUGGCACGCGCCGCACCGCGAGGCAGCGCAGCCUCGUUCCCCGCCUCUCGGCGCCUGUCAGGCGCGUGGCAAGCACCGCCACAGAGCGCAGCUGAGCCGCCAGAGCCGUUAGCGCCCAGCCGUUAGGGCCGUUAGUGCCGUUAGUGCCGCGGCGGCCGCGCGGGCCGACUUCCCCCGCGGCGCCACGUUCCGCACAUCCCCGAAAAAACGUAAACAGGAAACAUCCUGGAAACGUAAGUCUCGAUUCCCGAGGCUGAGCUCGGGGGGAUGGCGUGAGCUCGCCGCCGAGUUUUACUUGGGCACAGACUGAGCUGGGCGAUGCCCGUUCCCCGCAGCUCCUGUCAGGAGAGGUCCCUGCGGGAGAGGACAGUGAGGUGAAGUCCCGCUCAGGCACCCGAGUUCUCCAGAGCGUGCAGAUCCGGCGGCGUUUGUGGUUUAGCUUGGGCUUUUGUUUUUCCAAGAGAGAAAGCGCUGCAGACUACAGCCUCCGGGGUGGGUACUUCACAGGGAGGCUGCGAGGAGACAAAGCCCACAGCGGACGGGGAGGGCCCGGGUGGAGGACGGACCCGCCCGGGGUGGGCUGCGAAGCGAGGCGGUAGCGCUGGCGCUGCCGACCCCCGGGGACAGCGGGACCGCGCCGUCUUAGCCGUGUAGUGCCAGUGAGCCCACGCCCAGCCCGGCGGGGUCACGGCGCAGCGGUCCCGGCGGCGCGCAGGCGCACAGCGCACUCGCGCCUCCAACAUGGCUGAGGCGGUGCUGCUUCUUUUGCGGCGGGUGCGGAGGGGAGGAUGCUGAGCCUCCCCGGAGCCGCCGCUGUAGCAGGGGUGGUGAGGCCUGAGGCGGGCUCCUUUCAGCCAUGGCUAGGCUGGCCGACUAUUUCAUCGUGGUGGGCUAUGACCACGAGAAGACAGCAGGACCAACAGAAGGCUUGGGAAAAAUAAUACAAAGAUUUCCUCAGAAGGACUGGGAAGAUACUCCUUUUCCACAGGGAAUAGAGUUGUUUUGCCAGCCUGGAGGAUGGCAGCUUUCGAAAGAGAGAAAACAACCAACAUUCUUUGUGGUGGUUUUGACUGAUAUAGACUCAGAGAGGCACUACUGUUCCUGCUUAACUUUCUAUGAAGCAGAGAUUAAUCUACAGGGAAAAGAAGUUGAAGGUGAAGAGGAGUCUGGUUUAAUUCCGCCUGCAGAAGUAUUUGCUCCUAAAAGUCUGGUGUUGGUGUCCAGACUAGAUUAUCCAGAAAUUUUCAGGGCUUGCCUUGGCCUGAUCUAUACUGUGUAUGUGGACAGCCUGAAUGUGUCACUAGAGACACUCAUUGCAAAUCUGUGUUCAUGCCUUGUCCCUGCUUCUGGAGGGUCUCAGAAGUUGUUUUCUUUGGGAGCUGGAGACCGCCAGCUGAUACAGACUCCUCUACAUGAUAGCCUUCCUGUUACAGGCACCAGUGUGGCUCUUCUCUUUCAGCAACUGGGAAUCCAGAAUGUACUCAGCUUAUUCUGUGCUGUGCUUACAGAAAAUAAGGUUCUCUUUCACUCAGCAAGUUUUCAGAGGCUCAGUGAUGCCUGUAGGGCUCUGGAGUCUUUGAUGUUUCCCCUCAAAUACAGUUAUCCCUAUAUUCCAAUUCUUCCUGCACAGCUAUUGGAAGUUCUCAGCUCACCAACACCUUUCAUAAUUGGCGUACAUUCUGUCUUUCGCAAUGACAUUCAUGAGCUUUUAGACGUAAUCAUAGCAGACCUGGAUGGAGGCACAAUUAAAAUUCCUGAAUGUAUUCAUCUUUCUCAGCUGCCAGAGCCACUGCUACAUCAGACUCAAAUGGCGCUUUCUCUAGUUUUGCAUCCUGAUUUGGAAGCAGCAGAUUAUGCAUUCCCUCCCCCACGAACAGCUUUAUCACACUCAAAAAUGCUGGACAAAGAAGUGCGAGCAAUCUUUCUUAGGCUAUUUGCACAACUUUUCCAAGGAUACCGGUCAUGUCUUCAGCUGAUCAGAAUCCAUGCUGAACCAGUAAUUCAUUUCCAUAAGGCAGCCUUCUUGGGCAAACGAGGCUUAAUUGAGAAUGACUUUCUAACCAAAGUGCUCAAUGGAAUGGCAUUUGCUGGUUUUGUGUCAGAAAGGGGUCCUCCUUUCAGAGCCUGCGAUCUUUUUGAUGAGUUGGUAGCCUUUGAAGUUGAAAGAAUUAAAGCUGAGGAGGGUAAUCCACCAAAAAUAAUAAAGCAUGUUAGAGAACUUGCAGAACAUCUCUUCAAAAAUGAGAAUCCCAAUCCCCACAUAGCAUUCCAGAAAGUGCCACGGCCCACGGAGGGCUCCCACUUGCGGGUUCACAUCCUUCCUUUCCCCCGGAUCAAUGAGUGCCGAGUGCAGGAGCUCCUGCAGGAAGGCCUCUCAAGGAGUCAGGGUGCCCCCCCUGCCACCCGGGGGGACAAGAAGUGUGUCGUUCCAGCGGGUCCCCCUGUUGUUUCCAUAAUGGAAAAAGGAAGCACGGUUUUCAACAGUGCACAAAGGCUGGAAGUUGUCAGAAAUUGUAUCUCAUUCAUUUUUGAAAAUAAAUUUUUGGAGACUGAAAAGACCCUGCCUGCAGCUCUGAGAGCCCUAAAGGGAAAGGCAGCUCGACACUGCCUGACACAGGAGUUAGGCUUGCAUGUUAAACAAAAUCGAGCAAUACUGGACCAUCAACAGUUCGACUACAUUGUGCGAAUGAUGAACUGUGCUUUGCAGGAUUGUUCAUCUUCAGAAGAAUAUAGCAUUGCUGCAGCAUUGCUACCCCUGACAACUGCUUUUUAUAGGAAAUUAGCACCUGGAGUUAGUCAGUUUGCUUACACCUGUGUGCAAGACCAUCCUAUCUGGACUAACCAACAGUUUUGGGAAACAACCUUUUAUAGCAAUGUGCAAAAUCAAGUUCGUUCCCUCUACCUUUCAGCCAAAGAUGACAACCAUGCAGUACAGUUGAGACAAAAGGAGAAAAAUUCUGUAGGUUCAGACCAGGAUAAGACAGCAAUGGACCUGGCUGCUGAGCAAUUGCGAUUAUGGCCAACUCUUAAUAAGCAAACGCAGCAGGAACUCAUCCAGAAUGAAGAAAGUACAGUUUUCAGCCAGGCAAUUCAUUUUGCUAACCUCAUGGUCUACCUGCUAGUACCACUGGAUACAAGUAAGAACAAGUUGUUGAGAACAUCGGCUACUGGUGACUGGGAGAGUGGAAGCAACAGUAUUGUCACAAACAGUAUUGCAGGCAGUGUUGCAGAGAGUUAUGACACUGAAAGUGGAUUUGAGGACUCUGAGAACAAUGAUGUUGCAAAUGCAGUUGUACGCUUCAUCACAAGAUUUAUUGACAAGGUUUGCACAGAGAGCGGCGUUACGCAAGAUCACAUCAAGGGUCUUCAUUGUAUGAUACCAGGCAUUGUUGCAAUGCACAUAGAGACCCUGGAGGCUGUCCAUCGUGAGAGUAGGCGGCUUCCACCAAUACAGAAGCCCAAAAUUCUGCGGCCAACUUUACUGCCAGGAGAAGAAUUUGUUUGUGAAGGUCUCCGUGUGCUACUGGAUCCUGAUGGCAGAGAGGAAGCUACAGGAGGACUGCUUGGAGGUCCUCACAUCCUCCCUGCUGAAGGAGCUUUGUUCCUUACCACUUACAGAAUUAUAUUUAAAGGCACUCCUCAUGAUCAACUGGUUGGAGAGCAGACAGUGAUCCGGAGCUUUCCUAUUGCAUCUGUUACGAAGGAGAAGAAGAUCACUAUACAAAACCAGCUGCAGCAGAGUAUGCAGGAAGGACUGCAGAUCACUUCAGCUACCUUUCAGUUAAUUAAAGUAGCAUUUGAUGAAGAAGUAAGUCCUGAAGUGGUGGAAAUAUUUAAGAAACAGUUAAUGAAGUUCCGUUAUCCUCAGUCUAUCUUCAGCACUUUUGCAUUUGCAGCUGGGCAAACAGCACCACAGAUAAUUUUACCAAAACAAAAAGAAAAGAACACGUCAUUCCGUACCUUCUCAAAAAGCAUUGUGAAAGGAGCAAAACGUGCUGGGAAGAUGACAAUUGGACGCCAAUAUUUAUUAAAGAAGAAGACAGGCACAAUAGUGGAAGAAAGAGGGAAUCGCCCAGGCUGGAAUGAAGAAGAUGAUAUCUCUGUUUCAGAUGACAGCGAGAUGCACACAAGUGGUACCCUAAAAGCAUCAGAAAAAUCAACAAUGGAGCAAUUAGUAGAAAGAGCUUGUUUCAGGGACUAUCAACGUUUGGGACUAGGGACCAUCAGUAGUAACUCUUCCCGUUCAAAAACAGAAUACUUGAGAGUAACUGCACUGAACAGGAUGUAUUCACUUUGCAGGAGUUAUCCUGGCCUUCUGGUAGUACCUCAGUCUGUUCAAGACAGCAGUCUCCAGAGAGUUGCUCGCUGUUACCGUCACAAUCGCCUACCGGUUGUUUGUUGGAAGAACGCUAAAACCAGUACUCUUCUACUUAGGUCUGGGGGCUUUCAUGGAAAAGGUGUUGUUGGCCUCUUCAAAUCCCAAAACACACACACUACAGCUCCUACUUCUUUAGAAUCUUCAAGCAGUAUAGAACAGGAGAAAUACCUACAAGCCUUACUGAAUGUGAUAUCCGUCCACUGCAAAAUGAAUGGCAGUAGCACUCUUACUGCUAGACCAACAAUUGCUCUGUCUCCAGGCACUGAAAGGAGGGCUUCAAGAAUGUCUACUGUGUUUAAGCAGGUAGUGCCAGGACAUUUGGAUGUAAAUCUAUCCAAUAGCUUUGCUCAAGGAGUGGUUGGGUACAGAGAUAAAUGUUUCACUCAUUCAAAUUCCAAAUCAGCAACUAAGGGAAGAGUCUAUCAAGGUGUAUGGGCAAGUCUUCGUUCAAGCAAUCGAUUUAUCAACACUCAGACCCCAUUCAUUGAUGUUGGUGCAAGACUUGCAGGGAAAGAUAACACCACUUCCUACAGCAGCAGCACUUUUCUGCAAAGUCAGCUUUUGAGACGGCAAGCAGCCCUCUAUAUAUUUGGAGAAAAAUCUCAGUUACGGGGAUUCAAACUUGAUUUUGCUUUGAAUUGUGAAUUUGUUCCUGUUGAAUUCAGUGACAUCCGACAGACAAAGGCAAGCUUUAAAAAGCUGAUGAGAGCUUGUGUUCCCAGCACUAUUCCUACAGAUUCUGAGGCAACAUUCCUUAAAGCACUUGGGGAGUCAGAGUGGUUCCCACAGCUUCACAGGAUAAUGCAAUUGGGUGUCAUCAUCUCUGAGCUCCUGGAAAAUGGUUCUUCUGUUAUGGUUUGUUUGGAGGAUGGCUGGGAUAUUACUGCACAAGUAGUAUCUCUGGUGCAGUUACUCAGCGACCCCUUCUAUAGGACACUUGAAGGCUUUCGAAUGCUGGUGGAAAAAGAAUGGCUCUCUUUUGGUCAUAAAUUCAGUCAGCGUAGUAAUCUGACUCUCAAUUGUCAGGGUAGUGGAUUUGCUCCUGUUUUCUUACAGUUCUUGGACUGUGUGCAUCAGAUUCAUAACCAAUACCCAACAGAGUUUGAGUUCAACCAAUAUUAUCUAAAGUUUCUGGCUUUUCAUCACGUAUCAAAUCGAUUUAAAACAUUUCUUCUGGAUUCAGAUUACGAAAGACUAGAACAUGGGACAUUAUUUGAAGAUAAAGGAGAUAAACAUGCCAAAAAAGGGAUUUGUAUUUGGGAAUGUAUUGAAAAGAUGCACAAAAGAAGCCCUAUUUUCUUCAAUUACCUCUAUGCCCCCGCUGAAAUAGAGGCACUGAAACCAAAUGUAAAUAUGUCCAGCCUCAAAAAGUGGGAUUAUUAUGUGGAAGAAAUUUUGGCUACAGGUCCUUCCUAUGAUUGGACCAUGGUAACUGCUAAAUACAAUAUUUCAGAGGAAACUGACCAAAUGGAUGGUUCACUUUCUCAAACUAAGAGGAAAAUAGUAUGGCCAUGUUAUGAUGAUGUUAAAAAAAUACAGCCUGAUGCCAUCAGCAGCCUUUUAAAUGAAAUCGAAAGGUUGGAAAGUAAAUUAAAUCAGAGCCCAGAAAGGUGGCAGCUUUUGUGGGAAAGAGUCAAAAUAAGUCUAAAAGAUGACACCAGGCAAGACAAUCUCCGAAGAGAUCCUUCUGGCUCCUCAGGAAUGAUGUCAGCUAAUCUACAUUCCUAUCAAAAGAGGUCUUUGUUGGAAAUACCCGGCAGUGGGCUGGGUGAGGAACAGAGUGCAAGUAUCUCUCCCUCUAAUGGAGUAGACAGAAGAACAACUACACUAUACAAUCAUUUCACAUCAAAGAAUGAUGAAAAUAGAUCUUUUGAAGGUACGCUAUACAAAAGAGGAGCUUUAUUAAAAGGUUGGAAACCUCGCUGGUUUGUGCUGGAUGUGACAAAACACCAGCUGCGAUACUAUGAUUCUGGUGAGGAUACAAGCUGUAAGGGACACAUAGACCUUGCAGAAGUAGAAACUGUGAUUCCUGCUUCUCCAGCAAUUGGAGCCCCAAAACAUGCAAGUGAAAAAGCAUUUUUUGAUUUGAAGACAAAUAAACGUGUAUAUAAUUUUUGUGCCCAAGAUGCACAGAGCGCUCAACAAUGGAUGGAUAGGAUCCAGAGUUGUAUUUCAGAUGCUUAGAAAGGAAAAAUGUUCCAUGAUAAAGACACGUUUAAAGCGCCUCUUCCUGUAAGAAGCUGAGUUCUGAGAUGUUACUGACAGACAACCAGCCUUCCUUACAUUUCAGCCAUAAAUGUUCAUAAUAUGCUAAAAUUCCUUUCCUGUUCAAUAAUUAUAACCACUGUAACUGCUAUUUUUUUUCUGCAGGGAGGACUUUGAAAAAUAAUCAUCCAUUUAUCCUGAAUUUCCACUUUCUUCAGUACAAUUCCUAGCUAUAAGAAUCGGCUGUAUUUGCACUAUCAUCUAAUCCUGGUUUUAUCAUUUCAGAGCUGUUCUGUUAGGAAGCCUGUCCAGAGGAAAUUGUAGAAAUUUUCCCUCCAACAGGAAGUGUACCUUCACUUUAUUUAUAUUUUCCAAGCAAAAUGUUCUUAUUUCCAAGGUAGUCAUGCAUAAGAGGGAACAUGUCCACAAUGCCUAUAUAUAAAUAAAUAAAUGAAGCCUGUGAGUCCAGUGACAUAUAUAUCAGGUUGCCAAUGUUUAUAGACAGUUGAUAUUUUUAAAGACCAAAAAGUGAAACUGCCUGAUACCAGACUUCCAAGUGUCUUCUCAGCGUGCAGGUCAUUCUCUAAUGUUGUGCUUUAUUGAGUGCUUCUGCAAUGUGGUUGCUCUAUUUCAAAUUCUAGGGAUUAUCUGAAGAUCACAGCACUUUUAUUUUUAGAUUCUAUUUACAAUUGCAAUGGUAUAAAUGAAAGAAAACUGGCUGACACUAUCCAGGAGAAAUGGAAAACAAACUAGGAAUUCAGUAGAAGAAAGAUCUCUUAUGUGUGAGUUGUAUAUGUUAAUUUAUAUGCUGUUCUGCUCACUGUAAAAUACAAAAUAACAAAUAUAGUAAUGCACUAAACAAUGAAGCAAGCACUUGCACUGAAAUCUUUAAAAUGCAGACAUUUUGCAGGACAGAGCUAAGUUAUUUAUAGCAGAACAAUAUUAGCUCGUUAACAACAUUACAGAUAUUAAAUAUGUACAUAAUCAGGUUUGAUGUGUCGUGAUUUGAUACUUUUUAAACAUUUUUGCACAUGAAUUGGAAGACUGUUUAUAGAUUUUUACCUUUGAUAAAAUUGUGUUUGUUCAGCUUAAAAUCCUGGCAAAACAUUUUUAAUAGCCCUAAGGUAGUAGAAAUUUUACAGUCUACAAAUAGUGGUGACAUUGAGUAGAAUCUGUAGGUAAUUAAGCCAUUGUUUUUAUUUUAAAAUGUUAAUAUUUUAAAUAGCACACUAAUAUUACAAAAGGUUUGUAUAUAUAAUUCACUAUUUUCUCAUUUUUCCAGAUGUUCUGCUUGUAAUUUAAUGUCAGCCUAACCAAACUGACUAUACCUAUAAGAUUUUUCAGUUACUAAAUUGUUUGUGGGUUGUUUUUUUUUUAUAACUAAUGUAUUUUGUCAGAAAGGAACAUAAACUUCUCACCACACGCAAUAGGAAAUGCAGCUGGUUCUAAUGCAUUUACAAUUUCAAAACAAAAAUAUGAAGGAUUUUUCUAGCAUUUUUCAAUUGACAAAUUUCCACCUGUGACAAUGGUGUUUGCACAUUUGUAUUUUUCUUUGUAUAUGAAGUACUUUUAUAUGUACUUUGUAAAAUACUGAUCCUGUUCUUCAGUUAUAUGAAAAUAUACAUACCACUCCUUAUUUUGUAACUAGUUAAUUUUAAAUCUUGUAUGUUAUGUGAUAUAUGUAUGCUAACCAUCUUGUAAUAAAUACACUUCUUAAG